GUUGUCCGUCUCUGGUUUCAAGGCACAUUACAAUUUCCUAACGUCGCAGCAUCACGGUAGGUUACGAGUCGUCCAGAGUGGCCAGCGACGCUAUCCAAGACUCUAUACCAUAUAGUGUUCCUGCAGUGUUUGACAGAAUUGUCCCCGAACUCGCCCGAAGACCCGCAACAACUAUCAAGAUGAGUUGUCAGCCCGAAACCUCAUGCUCAACGUGUCCAGAAGACGGUCAUCACAAUGGCGUCUCCGACAUUGAAGACUACAAACUUGAGCUUGAAACCUUGCGCAAAAGGACCCAAGAUCUAGAAUUGAAAAUCUCCUCCGCAGCCAAUGGCAAUGGAAGUGGUCACACUAGCGAAUCGAGAAAGCCCCUUCGAUUUCGAUCUGAACUAUGGUUCAACGACUCCAACAACCGCGAUUUUGUCGCCUUAUAUACUGACCGCUACCUCAACUACGGUCUCACCAACGAAGAACUAAACUCGGGGAAGCCCCUGAUCGGCAUCGCCCAGUCAGGCUCUGACCUGGCACCAUGUAAUCGCUACCACCUUACCCUGGCUAAACGUGUAAGAGAGGGAAUUCGAUCCUCGGGCGCAAUAGCCUUCGAAUUUCCAACCCAUCCUAUUCAAGAGAGCUCGAGAAGGCCGACGGCCACCUUGGAUCGCAAUUUGGCUUACCUUGGUCUGGUCGAGUUAUUGCAUGCCUAUCCUCUUGAUGGCGUCGUUCUUUUGACUGGGUGUGACAAGACCACGCCAGCAUUUCUGAUGGCAGCGGCCACGGUGAACAUUCCAGCCAUUUGCCUCAACGUGGGGCCAAUGCUCAAUGGACGCCUGGGUUCAAGCGAUAAGAUUGGCUCCGGUACGGUCUUGUGGAAGGCGAGAGAUCUGCAUGCUGCAGGUGAAAUCGAUGAUGACAUGUUUAUGGAAAUGGUUUGCGCUGGCACCCCAUCUGCCGGGCAUUGCAAUACCAUGGGCACAGCGUCAACUAUGAACGCACUGGCAGAAGCCCUAGGCAUGGCACUUCCUGGUUCAUCCGCCAUUCCAGCACCGUACCGUGAACGACUUCAGUGCGCUUAUAAAACCGGCCGACAGAUUGUCGAGAUGGUAUACUCGGAUCGAAAACCGAGCGACAUCCUUACAAGAGAGGCAUUUGAGAACGCCAUUGUCGUCAACAGCGCUAUCGGUGGAAGCACCAAUGCUCCAAUCCACUUGAAUGCCAUUGCCAAACACAUUGGCGUUCCGCUUGACCUGAACGAUUGGGACGAAAUUGGAUUCAACGUCCCGCUCUUGGUUAAUGUUCAACCUGCGGGUGAGAUGCUGUGUGAGGAGUAUUACCGUGCCGGAGGAUUACCAGCUGUCAUGGCCGAACUGCUCGAUCAGAACAAAUUGCACGCCGACGCUAUCACGGCCAACGGCAAGACAAUCAGGGCGAAUGUCACAGGAAAACAUAGCUGGGAUCGGCGAACAAUCAAGUCAUACUCAGACCCUCUCAAGGACGCAGCUGGGUUCCUUCAUCUCACAGGGAACCUCUUCGAUUCGGCCAUUAUGAAGACAUCGGUAGUAUCGGAAGAAUUCCGUAAAGAGUUCCUCCAAGACCCAAACGAUCCAAACGCGUUCGAAUGCAAGGCGGUCGUGUUUGAUGGGCGAGAAGAUUUCAUCGAGCGCAUCGACGACCCCAAGACAGGCAUCGAUAAGCGGACCAUCCUCGUGAUGCGCGGAGCGGGCCCGCUAGGCUACCCAGGCGCCGCCGAGGUGGUCAAUAUGCACGCGCCAGGCUACAUACUGAAACAAGGCGUGAAUUCCCUGCCUUGCAUUGGUGACGGAAGACAGUCAGGAACCUCUGGAUCUCCUUCAAUUCUCAACGCAAGCCCAGAAGCCGCGGCAGGAGGAAAUCUUGCAAUAUUGAGGGAUGGCGAUCGCCUGCGAGUCGAUCUCAACAAACGGACAGUCAACAUACUGGUGAGUGAGACCGAGCUGAAGAGACGACAAGACGAAUUGGAAGCCAAAGGAGGAUACGAAAUCCCAGAGAGCCAGACACCAUGGCAGGAAAUUUUCAGGAGGGAGACAGGUCAGUUGAAUGAGGGAAUGGUGCUGGAAAAGGCGGUAAAAUACCAGAGGGUGGCGCAACGAUGGCCAGCACCAAAGCACAACCACUAGACCUGAACCUGUUCAUGUGUAUACGUAUGUGCAUGUAUGUAUAUCUUGCAUUGUUUGACCGAAAAAUCAAAAGGAGUCUUUGAAAGGCAGAGCAUGCAAAGAGAAUGCCAAUUGCAGAAAUAGAAC